ACGUGUUUCUCUUUCUCUUUCUCAGGAUGCUGAAGUUCUACCUGAAAACGUUGUGAUGCUCAAAUGUGUUCCUAGAUCCCUAUCUUACACAGAUAUCAAGGAUGCUGUGGAGCAAUUUGGAAAAACAAAGUCAAUUGUAAUGUUUCGAUCCACAUGUGAGGUAGUGGUGCGUUUCGAGAAAGCAGCAGACCCGAAAUUAAGGAUCCUUGAGGACUUUGUGGUGAAAGGAAAUAGGCUCGUAAUUGGCAGUGAAAAGGAGCACAGGAUUCCUCGUCAGAAAAAACCUGCCACAUCCGAGUCCUCCAGACCUCAAACUACAGCUAACACCAAGCCUCUUCAGAAAGACCUUAAAAAAUCUCCUGGAGCUGCAACAGGAAAGCCUACCAACCAGAAAAGUGCAGCUAAAGGCCUAAUGGGUGCCACUAAAGCCAAAGUCUUGGUUUCCAAAGUGAAAAACGUCUCUACCAAGCAGAUAACUAAAACUGGAAAGGUUCCUGCGAAGGGAGCUGUGAAAAAGACUGUGGUGAAGAAAAAACCUUCCACAGCUCCAGAAAAAGAGCCUGAUGUCGGAAAACCAUCUGAAACCACAGUUCAAGAAGCUGUGCCGAAAGACACACCUACUAUUGUUGUUGAGGAUGAUGAUGAUGAAGAUGUGAUCCUUAUUGAACCCCAGGAAGAACGUGACAAAGCUAAAGAUGCAGGAGAUGCUAAACCAAUGGAGGUUGAGGGAUUGGGAGUUAAAGUGGAAGAACUUAUGGAUGUUGAAAGUUGUUCCCAUGAAGAAACUACUACAGAGGCUGUUCCAGAAAACUCAGCAGACAAAUGCAGUGAGAGUGAACCAGCAGAGGGGACCCAGCCGAUGGAAAGCUCUCUCAAAGCUUCACCAGAGGUCAAGCAGAGCACCGUCAAAGAGCCAGAGUCCACUGCUGAAGCAUCGGAGACCAACACCGAGGCUUCAGAUGCUCAACAGGAAACUGCAGGAAGCUCCACCGAAGCACCUGUGGAUUCACAUCUUCCAGAAGUAGAGGUGGAGACGAAAGCAAUUCAGAAAG